UAACUUCAAAAGCUUACACGGGCGUUUAUUCAUUUUGCAAAUGAAUUUUCGAUCGUAAGUUGGCUUUAAAAAUAAUUGCUGAAUUCAAUGAAUAAAAAGCUGGUUCAAUUUUGCAAACAUGCACAGAUAUAAAUAUAUAUGGAAUGCAUUUAAAAUAAAUACUAUUAAUGUAAGACUUCCUGCUUUCCAAAAACAAAUCUAUAAAAAACAAAAAUUAAUAAACAACAAAGUAUAUACAAACUAAUAUAAUAUAUAAAUACACCAAUUAAUUGUAUUAUCAAUUCCAACAACAUUAAACCAAAACAAGUAAACAUACUUAUCAAGCCGUGUUGUCUCGUUGUCAAGUAAAGGUUCCACUUUUAUCAUUUUACAUCGUUUUAAGCGGGACUACACAUACAUACAUAGCUAUAUUACAAUCCGGUUUUUAUUAUCGCUUCGCUCAGCCUUCGUAGUCAUCGUCGUAUAUUUGCACGCCAAAUAUUUCAGUCUCAAGUCGAAGUUGCUUUCGUGUGGAUUGUUUCGAAUAUAUUUCUCUUCGCUUAAGUCGUGAAUAAGUCACUAAAACACAAAAGUUCAAAAUGGUCAUUAAUUUUGCCGCUGGUCCAGCUAAAUUACCGGAGGAGGUGCUGAAAGAGGCGCAAGAAAAUUUACUCAACUGCAAUGGCACCGGCAUAUCAGUGAUGGAAAUGUCCCAUCGUUCAUCAAACUACGCAGCAAUACAAGAAACAGCUAUAAAUGAUCUACGAGAACUAUUGAAUAUUCCAUCGAAUUAUAAGAUAUUGCUCAUGCAAGGCGGUGGCACUGGACAAUUCGCGGCCGUCUGUUUUAACCUCAUAGGACGCACCGGUGUCGCUGACUAUAUCGUGACCGGCUCUUGGUCAGCCAAGGCAGCAAAAGAAGCUGAACAAUACGGCAAGGUCAAUUUAGUAAUACCCAAAGCGGGAAAAUACAUCACUGUACCUACACAAGACACUUGGCAACUUGAUCCGAAUGCCUCAUACAUUUACUAUUGCGACAAUGAGACGGUCGAUGGCGUCGAAUUUGACUUUGUUCCCGAAAUUAAAAGGGGUGUACCACUGGUUUGUGAUAUGUCUUCGAAUUUCUUAUCACGUCCCUUUGAUGUCACCAAGUUCGGCCUGAUCUUCGCCGGUGCACAGAAAAAUAUUGGACCAGCCGGCGUGACAGUUGUUAUUGUACGUGAGGACCUCAUCGGGCAUCACAUUAAACAGACACCAUCGGUUUUGAAUUUCGCACAAAUGGAAAAAAAUGCGUCACUGCUCAACACACCGCCAACUUUUUGCAUUUACUUAAUGGGUUUGGUAUUCAAAUGGAUUAAGCAUAACGGCGGCGUUGCUGGCAUGGCCAAAACGGCUGCGGCCAAAUCAAAGCUCAUCUACGAUGUAAUUGAGCAGUCGAAUGGCUUCUAUAGCUGUCCGGUGGAGAAGCGUGUGCGCUCACGUAUGAAUGUACCGUUCCGCAUUGGCAGCAGCGAAGGCGUCGAGGCCUUAGAAAAAGAGUUUUUGGCAAAGGCAGAGAGCCGGGGCAUGAUUCAAUUAAAGGGUCAUCGCUCUGUUGGCGGUAUUAGGGCUUCGCUGUAUAAUGCCAUCACUGUCGCCGAAACCGAGCAGUUGGCUGAAUUGCUUAAAGAGUUCGCACAAAAUAAUAAAGUAAAAAAUUAAAAUAAGACUGAAUUUAAAAACACAAUAAUCGUAUUAUGAAACAAUUUUGUAUAGUUUCGAAAUAUUGAUAUUGCAGGUAAAAAAUGGUAUUUUCCAUACAUAUACAUAUUUUCCAUACAUUUUCUUGGCAAAAACUCAAAUAUAGACCAGGUUAGAUAAUUUUUGAUGACAAAAAUAAUAAUAGUAGGAUGAAACCCAUCAGAAACGAAAGAUAAAAUAACUAAAAUUAAAGGAGAAAUAAUUUACGGCGAUCUGAGUUCGGAAAAAGGAAAAUCGGGGUGUGGCUCAAUAUAAUAUCAAAUUUUAUGUGAAAAAUUAAAAUAACCAAGUUUUUUGGGUUAUUUCUUUUAUCGUGUAUA